ACGACUCCCAUUGUCAGGGCUGCGGAGAGACAUGUAUCUUGUCAGUAUAUUCAUAAUCUUCGGUCACAUUCACCUGGUACAUUUGAAGCCACGAUGCACGGGAAAUUAGCAUGAAUGACAGCCAACCAGACCAGCCAAUCUGAGGAUGAUUUUAAGUGCUAACAGGAGCCAAUAGGAGUAUAUUUGGACGUGAAUAGAUGCUUUUGUCCACUGGAAAACAUUUUAAGAAUCGUGACUCCCUGUGACUGGACCAUCCUUCACGACUAAAACCCAACGCAUUUGGGAUAUACUGCUUCAUAUUUAUUAAAUAUCUAGCUAGCUGAGUUAUAAACCGUUCCACUAUUUAGCUUGAUAGGAUUGAAAUGCUACAUUUUCGGUCUUCGGUAGUGCUCAAGGAGUUGUUUCAAUCCAACCUGAAGCGCCCUUUGACAGGUAUAGCCAGAAAUACAUCACCAUCAGUCGCGUAUUGCUUUAGCACCGCCUGUACAGAUGUCAGAUAUGUGCCCAAAGUAAAGUGUCUCCAGCAUGCGGUUGGAUGGAGAGAUUCGCCAUACACUACCAACGGCCACGGAACUCGGAAGCUCUCCACCAAGAGCGAUGACUGUUCGGCCCCACCGCCGACGGACACCAAAAAUGACACCGCCACCAGCAAUGAAACCGCCAUCAAUGAGGCAGCUGCCGAAAAGAGAAGGCAGGCAGGCAUCCUGCCCAGUCUGGAGGAUCUACUCUUCUACACCAUCGCCGGGGGCGCUGAAAAAAUCCCAGCUCACAAAUUCACCACAGCGCUGAAAGCCACAGGGCUUCGGACCGGAGACCCCCGGCUGAAGGAAUGUAUGGAGAACCUGAAAGUCAUCAUGAAGACCACGUCAGACGGAAACCUGGACCGACACCUCUUCAAGAAGUGUGUCCAGAGCAACAUCGUGCUGCUCACCCAGGCCUUCAGGAAGAAGUUUGUUAUCCCCGACUUUGUGUCCUUUGCCUCCGAAAUCGACGCUCUCUAUGAGAAUGCCAAACACCUGGGAGGGGGACAGGUGGCUGACUACAUUCCCCAGCUGGCAAGGUUCAGCCCGGACCUCUGGGCCGUGUCCAUAUGCACUGUGGAUGGACAAAGACACACAGCGGGUGACACCAAAGUCCCGUUCUGCCUGCAGUCGUGUGUAAAGCCUCUGAAGUACGCCAUCGCCGUGAACGACCACGGGACAGAGUAUGUGCACCGUUUCAUCGGUAAAGAGCCCAGCGGUCUGCGCUUCAACAAACUAUUCCUUAACGAGGAAGAUAAACCACAUAACCCUAUGGUUAACGCCGGCGCUAUCGUGUGCACGUCCCUCCUAAAGCAAGGGGCAAGCAACGCUGAGAAAUUUGAUUAUGUCAUGAACUUCAUGAACAAGCUGGCAGGAAACGAGUAUGUGGGUUUCAGCAAUGCCACAUUCCAGUCAGAGAGGGAGUCUGGAGAUCGGAACUUUGCUAUUGGCUACUACCUGAAGGAGAAGAAGUGCUUUCCAGAGGGGACAGACAUGACCUCCAUUUUAGACCUCUACUUCCAGCUGUGCUCCAUCGAGGUGACCUGUGAAAGCGCUAGCGUCAUGGCGGCCACCCUGGCCAACGGCGGCUUCUGUCCAAUCACAGGCGAGCGCGUGCUGGGCCCGGAGGCGGUACGGAACACCCUGAGCCUCAUGCACUCAUGCGGCAUGUACGACUUCUCGGGACAGUUCGCUUUCCACGUUGGACUUCCAGCGAAGUCGGGCGUGGCAGGGGGCAUCCUGCUGGUGGUGCCCAACGUCAUGGGUAUCAUGUGCUGGUCCCCUCCACUGGACAAGCUGGGUAACAGUGUACGAGGAAUCCAGUUCUGCACGGAUCUGGUGUCCCUUUGCAACUUCCACAACUACGACAACCUGAAGCACUUUGUCAAGAAGCUGGAUCCUCGCAGGGAGGGAGGAGACCAAAGGGUGAAGUCGGUCAUCAAUCUUCUCUUUGCUGCGUACACUGGCGAUGUGUCUGCACUGAGGAGGUUUGCUCUGUCUUCCAUGGACAUGGAGCAGAGGGACUAUGACUCCAGGACAGCCCUCCACGUGGCUGCAGCAGAGGGACAUGUGGAGGUGGUCAAGUUCCUGUUGGAGGCAUGCAGGGUCAACCCUGUUCCCAAAGACAGGUGGGGUAACACACCGAUGGAAGAGGCAGUGCACUUUGGACACCACGACGUUGUGACCAUGCUCCAGGACUACAACAACAAGUACAGUCCACCGGGGGGCGCCACUGAGGACAAAGAGAAGGAGAUAGCGGAGAAGAACAUUGACGGCCUACUAUGAGCCAAUUAAUACUCUUAUCUAUCCAUAGAAAUGAAAUAACUAGAACGGACGUUCCCAUUGAAAUUCUAUAUAUAUAUAUAUAUAUAUAAUAUUAUAUUAUUAUAUUAUUAUAUUAUAAAACGUUUUUGAUAUAUAUUAUAUAUAUAUACAUGUGAUCUGAGAGGCUUGGUUCUUUCCAGUCAUUCUAUUUCUAUGGCCACAUUAACUAUCUGGAAGACUUACUGUAAGUGUGUGGUCCAUUUGUCACGUCAGUGGUAGGUCACGUCAGUGGUAGGUCACGUCAGUGGUAGGUCACGUCAGUGGUAGGUCACGUAUACUGUCGAUAGUACUGUAUUUUUGAUUUUGUAUAAAAGUAUUGUAUUUCUGUCAUUUGAAAGAUGACAAUGUGUUUAAAAUAUAUAUAUAUAUUGAGCUUUGACUUUUUCCCAGAUGUUUUUAGUUUUUUGGUUGUUUCCUUUCGCUUCACUUUUUUUAUGUCGUACUGCGCAAUUCUCCCUCAGUGUGUGUCGGCACUAUGUGGAAUGUAUUUUCUACAUUUAAAUGCACAAAACAUUUCUCUUUAUGUACAACAGUGUGUAAAACCUGAACGUAUGCAUAAGAUAACGUGUACAUUUAUGUAAUGUGUGUAUAUCCCUGAAAUUCAUAUAAUAUCAGAGGUAGAUGGAUUCAGUGUAAAUGCUAUUUUAUCUGUAGUGAAAUCAAGUGACUCACUGGCACAGCUUUUGAAGGAAAUGGGUCCACACACUGUGCAUUAGGCUUAAGUUUGUCUCUAUUGAUGAGGCAGAAUGCAUGACAUAAACUAUACCACAUGUUCACAGAUCUAGGGAGCCUGGUUGCAAAUCUGUUUGUGCUGUAUAUGACACUGGCUAUUCAGUUGGCUAUACAGGCCAGAGAGAUCUGGGACCAGGUUAUCUAUGAUUUAAGACCUCUGGUCUUUUAAUUUAGGCCCAGGAGCUUCAUAUGAAUUCAAAGUAUGGCAUUAUGUGGAAUGAGUUUGGUUUUGUUGGUUUGCUAUUUGAUAGCUAGACAUUUUUGCACCUUUUUCUCCAAAAUAACAAAAAAACAACGUUUUAUUGAUUGUUCUAUAACCUUAUUUUAAUUUGGAGUAGAAAGGGGGUUAUUUAUUUAGGUGUCAGCCAAAGCUUUUCUGUACGUUUGCGCCACCUGAUAAUGAAGUCUAGUCGGCGACAUAAAAAAAGAGAGGAUUUCACACGCCUCAGGAGCCUCAGGAGCAAUACAAUACAAUUCAACCAGCAGCCAUGUGCUCUUUACAGACAUGUUUCCCCACCUGUGCUAAUUCAAAUUUUAGGGCAAAACAUAAAACCCUUCGAAACACUGAUUUAUCACUUCAUGGAUACAGCCAUGUCAAUGGUGUUACUAUUAUGAUUUGUGACACGUUUUAUUUAUUUGUCAGAUGUAUUUUUUUACAUUGAUUUUUUUAUCAUCAGUUAUAGACAGUGCAUUACACUUUGAUGAAUGUUUUUGGUUCAGAACAACUCCACAAAGGUGGACUUUAAAUCUCUCCAUACUCACCCAAAUGCCUCGUUUGGGUAGAGAUAAAAUAGUUAUCCUUAUGGGCCUAUAUGAAAGCAGAACACUAAGACGAUCCUACACACAGCUGAUGGAGCACUUUUUAUGCAGAGAUACGCAUAUUGAUUGUUUAACUGUUUAGAGUGUAAAAGUGUAAAAUAACGUACGGGUAUACUUGAAAAGUCAGGUUAGUUUGGUGAGAACUAGUCUGUGUGUAUUUGUUUGUGUCAUUGACUAUGGGAGGGACAGCGACGACAAAUCUGGUAAUGACAGAGGACAUUGCCAUCAAAAUCUCAAUUGCCAUCAAAAUCCCUACUCAAUUGUGCUGAAAGUACUAAGGCAACCUGUGAUUUGAUGAAUGGAUAUAUUUUUAUUGACUAACUCAUCUCAAGUGUUCAAGUGUUGCAUUCAUUGGAUUUGACUUGACUUGGUCUUCCCAGUCCCUGUUGCACAGGAAGCCUCGUACGUAUGAGUGUUUAUUGUUCACCUGUGUAGGUGCAGGUCAUCUUCAACAUUAGCUAAUUAUUUUCAAUGUACCACAGGUGUACACUGAUGUCAUCAGUUUGUUUGUUUUCAUUCAAGUAUAUCCGCUUCAGCUGAGUGUUGCAGGCAAAGGAGAAAUAUUUAUUUCAAUUAUCAAACAAUGAAUAAAUAUAUAACUUUAAAUAUGGAUAUAUCCCUUUACUCCCACUCUAUAUUCUUGAAUAUAGGCAUGUGAAGACUUGGGUAUCUUCAUUAAUUAAUUCCAUAAAUGUUACAAAUGAUCACCUGAUUACAUGAUUAUUCCUACUGUCAUUUUAUUUACAGCGGCAGUUUAUAAUUUUAUAUAUUUAAAACUUGUGUCUGAGAGAAUUGUAUUGUCCAAAGAGAUAGCCUUGAAUUGUACACAGCAUCUCCCUCACUCUAUCUUGGUUCUUGCAGGUGGCUGUGACCUCCUCAGACCAAUUGACAGUACGCCCAGAACAUUGCUCUGGGAACCAAAAGGAGUAUCUCCGUUUGAAGUUCUCAGCCUUGAGAGAAGAAGCCUUGUCAGUCACAUGCAGGAACCAGCGUUAAAUAAUGAAUAAUAAAAAUCAUGCUUAUAUGA